AUGGCGCCAUCUCUGGAGGAGCCGACUGCGGCGUAUGUCGCAACACAAUCCAAGCUCGACUCCAACCUCGUUGCUCCAGAACCAGAGCACUGCCCAGGCCCCGAGUCUGAGCAAGCAGGGAAAGGCGACGCUUGCGCCGGAUGUCCAAACCAAGCGAUCUGUGCUUCAGCGCCAAAGGGACCCGAUCCAGACAUUCCUGUCGUAACGGCCCGUCUCGCUUCAAUUCGACACAAGAUCCUAGUUCUUUCCGGGAAAGGAGGUGUGGGGAAGUCGACGUUCUCUACGCUGCUCGCUCACGCUUUUGCCUCCAACCCGGAGUCCACGGUUUGUGUCUGCGAUACAGAUAUCUGCGGGCCGUCAAUACCCAAGAUGAUGGGUGUGGAGGAGGAAACAAUUCAUGUUAGCAAUGCAGGAUGGAGCCCUGUGUGGGUGACAGAUAAUCUUGGCGCCAUGUCGAUUCAGUUCAUGCUUCCGUCUCGGGAUCAGGCGGUCAUCUGGAGGGGCCCCAAAAAGAACGGACUUAUCAAACAAUUCCUCAAAGAUGUCGAAUGGGGCGAUCUGGACUAUCUCAUCAUUGACACUCCGCCGGGAACAUCGGAUGAACAUCUUUCGGUUAACAGUCUCCUGAAAGAAUCUGGCGUCGAUGGUGCUGUCGUUGUGACGACGCCCCAGGAAGUCUCCCUGCUCGAUGUGCGAAAAGAGAUCGACUUCUGUCGCAAAGCCGGAAUCCGUAUUCUAGGGCUCGUGGAGAAUAUGAGUGGAUUCGCCUGUCCCAAUUGUAAAACUGAAAGUCAGAUUUUCCGAAAGACGACAGGGGGUGGAAAGAGACUUGCGAAAAAGAUGGGGAUCCCAUUCCUGGGGUCAGUUCCCCUUGACCCCAGAGUAGGAAUGGCUUGCGACUACGGCGAGAGUUUUGUGGAUAACUUCCCGGACAGUCCGGCUUCGAAGGCUAUCAAGCAGGUCGUACGAUCAGUGAGUGAGCAGAUCGGGGAGGACCCUAAUACAGUGCUCCCUGAAGAAAAGGAGGAGUAA